AACACCUUGACGUGCCAUUGGGGUCACUAUCAGAGCACCUUUAGCGAGCCAUUGAAGAUUACUAUCUUUGGUGAAUCAUUAGUGGUUACUAUUAGAGUACCUUUGGUAGACCAUUGGGAUCACUAUUGGAGCACCUUGCUAUCUAGUCCCAAUGUAUCCAAAUCUCAAUUAUCAGUACCUAGCCUCUUAUCUAUAGAGAAUUUGGCCAACUGGCUAGCGAAUCCUGAGAUAAAUAACAACCCAAGUAUUAUUAGUAAAAAGACAGCAAAAGAUAUGUUUAAAGUAGAUGGUGCCGAAUAUACAUUUUCGACCUGGUUUGCAACAAUUGAGGAAGAAAAAAUAUAUGAAGCCGGAAUGACCGAAAAACAUUAUGAUAAUUUCAAAAUUGUUGACAAAUAUGAGCCCAUACGUGAGUCAAAAAAGCCAGAUAGUAAACGAUUAAUGCCUAUGAAAGAUGGUGCACUUAAUUGUGUAGCUCAGCAAAUAAUAGAGCAUUUUGAAAAAGCAAAAAAGGAUAUGGAUAUAGUAGAAUUAGAAAAAAUACUUAAGAGGCCAAUCAAAUUGCUUGAUAAUACUCACGGGACCAUUUUUAAUAGUAGAAAAUAUCAAACAGAUCGAAUGGUAGAGUAUUAUAAUGAUAAUGCAUGGAAGGCUAUUAAUAAAGCUCUUCAAGGACCACAAGCAAUAUGGCUUAUUGGGCUUGAACUCAGAGAAAGAGAAAUAUUGGAAGAGAUCCAGUCAAUAUUUCAAUUUGUUCUAGAAGAUGGUCUUGAGUUAGCAGAACAGGUAUUUGGUGCUAAUCAUGCUAGAGACAAACUUGCUAAUGAGAUCAAUGAUUGGCAUCUUACUCCAGCUAGUGUACAUGAAAAUAUAAAGCAAUCUUGUGUCAAACAUGGGCAUGGAGGAUACUGGAAUACACCUAAUUAUCAAGUCGAAGAUGUUGUAUGUAUAGAUAUGAAGGAAUGUUAUCCAGCAAGCAUGCGUGUGGCAGUGAAUGGAGAAUUGCCACAAGAUGAUAUUAUAGGAUUUGCACAAAUAAGAUCUUUCAAAUUUGUUCUUAAUAUUCAUCCAGUAAUUCCUAUUUGGUACAGAAAGCAUUUUGCUUGUCGAAGUGGAGAAGGAUGUGGGAAGGCAAAAGGCUGGACUCCUAUCAUACUUUUACGAUAUCUUCUUGAAGCAGGUAUCCUAGAAAGUAUAACUAUAGGAGAAGCCAUUAUUUCUCUUACCAAGCAGACAAAAGUAUGGUUGCCUAAAAAUCAGGAUAUAAGUUGCGCAAUCAUAGGAAAUUUCACACAAGAAAAUAAAGUUGAAGAAAAACGUCUUACUCAUUGGGUUGUAAUAGACGAAGGUGAACUUGAUUUCUUGAUCCAGGAUUGCAUUAAAGAAGAAACAUAUACAGGUAGUAAUAAAUGUCCGCUUGGACAUAUACUUACAUACUAUGAAGGCUAUCAGCCUCAAUAUACACAUUUGCGAGCCUCAAUAUUAGCUUAUGUCUAUAUAAACUUACUGGAAAUGCUUCAAAGAUUUGGUCCUAAUGAAGUAGUAAGAAUCGCAACAGAUUCUAUAUAUAUACGAAGAGAGGCCUUAUAUAAGAUCAAAAAUGUAUCUGCUUUCUUUAAACAAGUUAAGCAAAAGAUUAGCUAUUACAAAGAUUCGGUAAAUACUAGUAAAUUUCUAUAUCUAUACGACUGGCAUUCAUGUGCAGUGUAUAACAACCCAUCGUUUAUAGAAUCGAUUAAAGUAUUUCAAAAAACUAAAAUGCCUUUAGCAGUAGGAGAAUAUUUUCCAU